AUGCCACCAUCUAAGAAGAGAAAGACGCGCGCGACAGCUGAACCGUCAGAAGAAGUGCAACCACUUGAUACCAUCACCAGUACAGAACCACCAACAGACACACCAUCAGAGCCCAUCCCUGAGAAAGCGACCAAGCCCGAACAAUCUACUGCUACCUCAAUAUCAUCAUCAGACGCCGCCGCCAAAGCCAAAGAACGCCAAGAGCGAUUUAAAGCCCUUCAAGCACGCGCCAAAUCCUCCGCUCAAAAGAAUUUGAAGGAGGCUACUCUCGAAUCACAACGAUUAGCCACUGAUCCCAAUCUCCUCACCUCCUUGAACCGCAAAUCCGCCAUCGCAUCGCACAAUUUACUCAAAGCCGAUGCUGAAGCAGCAGGCGAAGAUUUCGAGCGAAAACGAGCCUGGGAUUGGACCAUUGAAGAAAGUGAAAAAUGGGAUAAAAGAUUGAAGAAAAAAGAGGCACACAGGGAUGAUCAAGCAUUUCAGGAUUAUCGACAGGAUAGUCGGAAAGUAUAUAAACGACAAAUUCGCGAUUUGAAACCUGAUAUGGAUUUUUACGAGAAAGAGAAGAUGGCUGCUGUAGAACGGGCUGCUGCUUCAGGAGGACUAGAGAUCGUGGAAACUGAUGAUGGGGAAUUGGUUGCUGUGGAUAAGGAUGGAACUUUCUAUAGCACGGCGGAUUCGACGGGAUUUGUGGAGCAUAAACCGGAGAAGUCAGCUGUCGAUAGACUGGGCGAGGAAUGCGGCCAAUGGGGAGGAUGGGGAUGUUACUUAUAUUAA